AUGCCGGCUAGUAUAGUGUCGAAGGAUCUGGCUGAACCAGAGAGCAUAAAGGGCCAUAAGGUCUCGAAACUGCUACGCAAACUGUCUGGUCAGCCACCCUCAUAUGUCAAUAGAGCGGACUAUGAGUUUGGGAAGACCAUGGGUGCAGGGACUUUUGGUGUAGUUAGAAAGGCGACUAAAAUCUCCACGGGCGAGGAGGUUGCCGUGAAGAUCAUACUGAAGAAGGCCCUUGAGGGGAACGAUAUCCAGUUGCAGAUGCUAUACGAUGAAUUGGCAAUCUUGCAACAGCUUAAGCACCCUAACAUUGUGGAGUUCAAGGCAUGGUUUGAGUCCAAGGACAAGAUCUAUAUCGUCACGCAGUUGGCUACCGGUGGUGAGUUGUUUGAUACCAUUUUAAAGAGGGGGAAAUUCACCGAGUUGGACGCUGUAGAUAUCGUGGUACAGAUCUUGAAGGCUGUGGAGUACAUACACUCCCAGAACGUCGUGCACAGGGAUCUGAAGCCCGAGAAUAUCCUAUACGUUGACGAAUCAGAAAAAUCGCAGAUCGUCAUUGCAGAUUUCGGUAUUGCAAAGAGACUGGAAGGCGAGGGAGAUCUCAUUUUCAAAGCAGCAGGAUCCCUGGGUUAUGUGGCCCCCGAGGUUUUGUUGAAUAGUGGACACGGAAAACCAUGUGAUAUAUGGUCCGUAGGUAUCAUUGCAUACACUUUGCUGUGCGGGUACUCCCCAUUUGUUGCAGAGGAUGUGGACGGUUUCUUGGACGAGAUAGUUGAAAAUGAGGAACCAAUUGCGUUCCACUCACCUUACUGGGAUGAAAUUAGUAACGAGGCAAAACAGUUUAUUCUGAGGGCGGUGACAAUUGACCCUUUCCAGAGACCAACUGCCACCGAAUUGUUGAAAGACCCAUGGAUCACCUCGAAGGGCUUCAAGGGCGCUGAAAGGAAUAUCUUACCUGACGUGAAGAAGGGCUUCAGCUUGCGGAAGAAGCUGCGUGACGCUGUGGAACUGGUGAUGAUUAACAACAGAAUUAGACAAUUGAAGAAUUUAUAUUCCUCACCGGACAGUGAGUCGGACUCGGACUUGGAGGAGGCACCUAUGGUUUCGUUAGAAAGUCUGACGCAGUCGUUGAACGAUCUCAGGGUGAACUCCCACAAAAAGUUGGUUAAGAUGACGCAGGACCAAAAAAGAUUACAGUCCACUUUGACGCAGGAUAUGUUUUCGAUGAUCGUGAAAACUGCCAGUAAGAAUAAAAAAUUCCUCAAGGGUUUAGAUCCUAUGUCCUCGUCUUCGAAGGAGUCGUCUUCUGAGAAAGGCAAAAAGAAAUAA